CAGACUUUCCGUGGUCGAUUUUUGGAGGAGUGGACGGCAUUGAGCGAAACAUCGAAGCCAGUCAUCGCUGCUGUUAACGGGUAUGCCUUGGGAGGUGGCUGCGAACUAGCAAUGAUGUGUGAUAUAAUUUAUGCUGGAGACAAAGCGCAAUUUGCCCAGCCAGAAAUUAACAUAGGCACAAUUCCAGGGGCUGGUGGAACCCAAAGGUGGACUAGGGUAGCCGGAAAAUCGAUGGCUAUGGAGGUCUGCUUGACCGGUAAUCGCGUAAGCGCUCAAGAAGCCAAAGAAUGUGGCUUAGUUUCUAAGGUAGGAAUUUUCACCUACUUCAUAAAAGACCUGCGCAGAAUACAUUUAAUGUUUCAGAAUGAUCGCAAAGAAGGCAUGAGUGCAUUUUCUGAGAAACGCACACCAAAAUGGACAUCUACUUAG